AUCGCUUCACAGAAGGAACGAGUGACCGCGGCUGAGAAAAUUUCCCCUCACAGUGACAUGCAGAGAGGGAGAUUGAGGCUGAAUGCUUCACAACUUCACAAUGGUUGCGGGAUGAUGAUGGUGGCAUCGUCGACGACAACGAAAUGGACUUACUGCUGAAGCUGCCUAAAGAAGAGCUGAUUGUAUAAAUAGAAGAAAGUGAUUGAGAGAUUGAAAUUUGAACCCUAGAAGAUGCUGAUUGAGAUUUGACGGAUAGGAUCAUUAAUUCCUAAAACUUGACAGCUGAAAUUGCUUUGAAAAGUUAUAAAAGUGAUUAGUGAUUGUACAUGAAAAGGAGGAAUCUUUUAGUUAGGUUAUUGGAAACUUGCUGCAGUAAGAUAUCGGUUGCACUGUUGCAUUCUCAGUGUUUGAAAGUAGGUCUUGCCCAUGACAGUUUCAUUGUGACAAAGCUUAACGUUUUGUAUGCCAGACAUGCAUCAAUUUGCCAUGCACAUAAGCUGUUUGAGGAAACGCCUCAUAAAACUGUCUAUCUGUGGAAUGCUUUGCUUAGGAGCUAUUGUUUGGAAGGAGAAUGGGUAGAGACAUUAUCUCUAAUCCGUCGAAUGAGCGCAGAUGCUGUAUCAACUGAGGAAAGACCUGACAAUUAUUCAGUGUCUAUUGCUUUGAAAGCAUGUAUAGGCUUGCAGAAGCUUGGGAUGGGUAAAAUGAUUCAUGGGUUUCUCAAGAAGAAGAAGAAGAUAGAUAAUGACAUGUUUGUGGGGUCUGCCUUGAUUGAGCUGUAUUCAGAAUGUGGACAAAUGGAUGAUGCUGCGAAGGUGUUUAUGGAGUAUCCAAAACCAGAUGUGGUUUUGUGGACUUCAAUAAUUACUGGUUAUGAGCAGAGUGGAAUGCCUGAGCUUGCACUCAAAUUUUUCUCCCGAAUGGUUGUGUUGGAGCAACAGAGUCCUGACCCAGUGACACUUGUUAGUGCUGCUUCUGCUUGUGCUCAGUUAUCUGAUUUUAAGCUUGGAAGAAGUGUACAUGGAGUUGUAAAAAGAAGGGGUUUUGACACUAAGUUAUGCUUGGCCAAUUCACUGCUAAAUUUGUAUGGAAAAACUGGUUCCAUCAAGAGUGCAGCCAAUUUGUUCAGAGAAAUGCCUAAUAAGGAUAUUAUAUCUUGGAGCUCAAUGGUUGCCUGUUAUGGUGAUAAUGGAGCUGAAAGCAGUGCUUUACAUCUUUUCAAUGAAAUGAGAGAUAAGAGAAUUGAACCCAACAAGGUUACUGUGGUUAGUGCAUUGCGAGCAUGUGCUUCAAGUUCAAAUUUGGAAGAAGGUAUAAAGAUUCAUAAAUUAGCGGUCAAUUACAGUUUUGAGUUGGAUAUAGCUGUCUCUACUGCUCUGAUCGACAUGUACAUGAAGUGCUUCUCACCUGAAAAUGCAGUUGACCUUUUCAACCGAAUGCCCGAGAAAGAUGUAGUUUCUUGGGCUGUUUUGUAUGGUGGCUAUGCUGAAAUUGGAAUGGCACACAAGUCCAUGGAGGUUUUCUGCAACAUGUUAUCUAGUGGAACUCAACCUGAUGCUGUUGCUGUAGUGAAGAUUCUUUCUACUAGUUCAAAAUUGGGGAUUCUUCAACAAGCUUUAUGCCUUCAUGCUUUUGUUACUAAAAGUGGGUUCAACAACAAUGAAUUUGUUGGAGCAUCGCUCAUAGAAUUGUAUGCAAAAUGUAGUAGCAUAGAUAAUGCUAACAAGGUUUUCAAGGAAAUGGUAUGUAAGAAUGUUGUAAUCUGGAGCUCGAUAAUUGCGGCUUAUGGAUCCCAUGGGCAAGGGGAAGAGGCUUUGAAAUUAUUUUAUGAAAUGGCUGAUCAUUCAGGUGUUAAGCCUAACGAUGUAACCUUCAUCUCAAUUCUAUCUGCUUGCAGUCAUGCAGGUUUGAUUAAAGAAGGGAUAAAGAUGUUUGAUAUGAUGGUGAAUGAUUACCAAUUGAUGCCAAACUCACAGCAUUAUGGGAUAAUGGUUGAUCUUCUUGGUCGAAUGGGAGAGUUGAAUACUGCCUUGGAAAUAAUUAAUGGCAUGCCUAUGCAAGCUGGGCCUGAUGUAUGGGGUGCCUUGCUUGGUGCAUGCCGCAUACAUCAAAAUACAAAGAUGGGGGAGGUUGCAGCUAAGAAUCUUUUCCCAUUAGACCCUAGUCAUGCAGGCUAUUAUGUACUCUUAUCAAAUAUUUAUUGUGAGGACAAUAAUUGGCAUAAUGCUGCAAAACUCAGGACAUUGAUAAAGGAGAAUAGGUUGAAGAAGGUUGUUGGUCAAAGUGUGGUUGGAUUAAAGAAUGAGGUUCACAGUUUCGUUGCUGGUGAUAGAUUUCAUGAUGAUUGUGAUCAGAUUUAUGAAUUGCUGAGAAGAUUAGAUGCAAAAAUGAGAGAAAAUUAUGAUUCUAUAGUACAGUAACUGGAAAAUGUGAGUCUUAAUCUUGCCUGCGUGGAACAUGUAAAUAUAUAAUGUGGAAGGUGUCCCAUUUAAAUCUUGACUGUGAGUCUCUUAAUCGUGCAUCUCUUUUCUUAU